UCCCUUCGCACUCUCCCCUCCAGCAACGCUUCGUGCCUUAGUUUCCCCUCACUCACACAGAGAUGGCUGCCGUCGCUUCCCUGCCGACUUUCUCCGGCCUCAAGGCCGUGUCCGUGCAGAAGGUCGCGGUGAAGGCCGCUCCCGCUGCCGUGAAGCUUGCUCCCGUGAGCGCGUCCCUCAAGGAUGCCUCCAAGGCCCUCGUUGCCGUCGGUGCCUCCGUGCUCCUUGCCGGCAGCGCCAAUGCCGCAACCAUCCUGAUGGGUGCCAACGACGGCGGUCUCGCCUUCGUCCCCAAGGUGUCCACCGUGAAGGCCGGCGAGGAGAUUGUCUUCAAGAACAACGCUGGCUUCCCCCACAACGUUGUCUUCGACGAGGAUGAGGUGCCUGCUGGCGUUGAUGCCGAUGCCAUCUCCCACCCCGACCUGAUCAACGCUCCCGGCGAGACCUUCUCCGUGAAGCUGUCCGCUGCUGGCACCUACGAGUACUACUGCGAGCCCCACCAGGGCGCCGGCAUGACCGGCAAGAUUGUCGUGUCGUAAAUGGCUUGACACGUUGUAACUAUUGUUCAAUACACUGAAUUACAUACCAUUCGCGAUACUUGCAUAUUAUUCUCUCCAAUACGGAGGAAGCAUACAUCCCAAACAUGCCGUACAAUUCCUGUAACUUCCAUGGCGGAUUUGCGGCAUUAGAGUGAUUUGCGGAUUCCACCAAGCACUGUGUAGCUU